UUACAACACCAUUUCGUGGCCAUACCGUGCCAAGCUCCUCCUUUUGAUCUUUCAACAUGGCAACAUCUCGUAGUGCACACACAACGAAACUACUAUCACUAGCCCUAGCGGUCCUACUAGCGGCAACGGCGGCCGGCGGCGAUGAGCACACGGGCAGCAAUGGCGCCUCCACGACCCAUCUCCACUUCUACUUCCACGAGAUCUACACGAGCGGGCCCAACGGCACGACGGCGGCGGUCGUCCCGCCGCCUCCCGGCUCGCUGUUCGGGUUCGGCUCGCUGGCCGUGGUCGACGACAUGCUCCGGGAGGGCGCCGACCCGGGGUCCGGCCUCAUCGGGCGCGCGCAGGGGCUCACGGCCGCCGCCUCGCUCUCCGAGGUUGCCGUCACGACGAUGCUCAACCUCGUGUUCACGGCGGGGCCGUACGAGGGGAGCACGCUGGCGGUGUUCGGCCGCGCGCUGCUGGGCGGCGGCAACAAGGUCAUUGAGCGGCCGGUCGUGGGCGGCACCGGCGCGUUCCGGAUGGCGCGCGGGUACACGCUCAGCCGGGUGGUCAACUCCACGGACCCCGCCAACCUCCUCGUCCUCGAGUACCACGCCUACGUCUGGCACUAGCUAGUGCAGACCAGCAAUAAAACUUGAAUUGUUCGCACCUUGGCAAUAUACUACCAAGCAUCCUUGGGCGGCGACCCAACCCGUACAUGUUCAUGUUCCAUGUGAAUACGCUAGAUUCAGUGGAGCAGUUGCCCAUAGUGUAAGCCGGUAUUGUGUAGGUUCUGUUGAAGAAUCAUCAGCACCUAGCUUGUUCUAAA